AUGAAUGUGGAGAGUACAACAAGAAAUGAAUUGUUACUAAUAUUGAGCAAAACGUGUAACAGUUCACCAAUUCACAUUACCAUUACGACAGCUUCAGGGGUUAAACAAAUAAUUUACUUUAUUUUACAGUCUGCCAGUCAGGUCUAUACAUUCGAUGAGUUGGAUGCAGAAGAAGAGUCUGUAUUGCCUGUGGAACCAGUAAUGAAGAGGCCUAGAUAUACAGUAUGUUACAAGCCGAGUAGUGAGAGUGACCUUGAUUUAGAUGACAGUAGAGAAGAUCCAGACUGGAAAGAGGAGAAAGAGGAGGUAACAGAUGAUGAAGAUGAAGCCGAUGGUGAUGACAACGAAUUAAACCAGGCGUUCAUUUCUGUGAAGGAUUGGAACCCGAUGAAUGUUCAACUUAAGAUUGAAAUUCCAGAAAAGCUUCAGGGUAAUGACCAGCCCCCUGCAGAGAGUUUCAUGGAAAGUGAACAUCAAGAGAGAGAACUUGAGAGUGUAGAAGAGAAUCAAUCCGAGAUCAAUAAGAGUAGACCGAGAAGAAGUGCUUCAGCCAAAACAGAUCUCAUGCCAGGAAGUGAAGUGAUUGGACUGUUUAGGAAUGGAGGAAGAAACAAAUGGGAGGAAUGGUGCGAGUGUAAGGUUGUGGAUGUAUUGAUGAAUGGAGAGCUAUACAAUGUUGUCUUUACUGACGGAGCGAAACGAUUCCUGAAGAAAACACAGAUAAAGAAGAAAGACUAGUUUGUAACUUUGCUCGUGUUGAAAGUACAUGUUCAUAUUGACAAUUUAAUGUACCAAUACUAUUGUUUCAGUGACUGGAUGAGUAACAGAUGUAUUUAAUGCAAUCUAUAGUUUUAAAUCCUGGAAUCUCACUUUGUAUGACUUGUGUAAAUUCAUAAACUAGAAAAAGUUUUAGAUCCCCUAAAUAUUCAAAUGCAUAUUGUCUGAAACAUGUUUUUUGAUUUAAGAUAGUUCUGCACCGAUCUUCACCAAACUUGAACAAAAUGUGUUUGCUCCAAGUUAAAUAACUUAUCGGCCGAAGCACUUGAGAAUUAUGGUCCUUGAAACUCGUUUAUUGAUAGUCAAAGCACCCAAAGUCUGAUAAGGCAGUUGAGGUCUUGGUUCAUGGUUGACUUGUAUACUACUAUUCAGAUGAUUAGGCAGUUGUGGGAGACAUGCACUUUUCUAAAAGGCAGCUCUAGUUCAUAAAAGAUUUUCAUUUCUGUAUGCUGAAUCCAGGCUUUAUUCUAUGUUAUCCGCAUUAAUGAUGUUACUUCUGGUUUAUCCAAUGUGCAGAACUACUUUAAGCUUUAACUUUUCAGAGAAUUUAAGAUGAAUUUCUACAACUUUUAAGAUUU